CCUCUAGGGCCUUGUACGUCUUUUAUCAAUCUUCUCUUGCUCUUCUGUAAGUAUAAAAUGGUCAACUGUAAACGGUGUAUAGUCUCUUGGUAAGUGAAAUGCUCCCCUCAUGCCAUAUUGGAUGAUUAAAAGAAAACCUAUACUACAGGUCAACGUCUGGGAUAAACCACUUAGCGCGGAGGAGAUACAGAGCCUUGCAGAGUGUAGGAGCAACCUACAAGGGAACUACGUCGCGUGGGAGGAAGGCUGGAUCCUGCAUAACGUCACCAGCUACGAGGUACCUUUGGCGCAUCUCUGUGACCGUGAUCUGGGUCCAACAUAUUUCUGGUUUCCUGCGGGUCAGUAUCCCUUAGUUCAGUACUUGUGUCCGGCACUGGGGUCUCGCCUACCCAGGACUUUUGGGGAGGCGUUUGCUAUGCUUGAAGUGGGAGAAAGAAAGUUUAAAGAGAGUGACAACUGCUACACGGACUACUGGCUGGAGGUCAACGACAUAGAGGAAGAAGGAGUGUGGAAGGCAGGCGACGACCCAGUGGACAUGAGCACCAUCGGCUGGAGCAGACAAGAACCAAACGGAUUACAAUACGAAAACUGCGCUGCAGUAACUAAAGGAGGAGUAUCUGACAUUGACUGCAGCACAAACACGAAGUGCAUUGCUUGUUUUUUCGAAGAACAACAAAGAUUCUCUCUUCAAGGUACAUGUGAGACAGAACUGCGUAAUUUUUACUUGACAGCAUUCCAGUAUACAACGGGCGAGAUAGACUUUGUAGGCUACGGGGCGUACUACAUCAAGAAAGUAGAAGGGGUAUGGACGUGGACUAACGCGGUCACCAACCAAACAAUUGCUCGCAUGGAAGAAACUAUUCCAAACUUCCCGAUGGGCCGACGGUGGUGGCGACUGAACCAACUGGUGUGUGGCCAGAAACCCGGGGGGCGGCGACGACUCCUGCUCUCACCUUGCCUGCCUGACCAAUUUACCUGUGAUGACGCCACCUGUAUACCUCUCCUUAAUCGCUGUGACCUCAAAUACGACUGUCGUGACAACAGUGAUGAGGUAGAAUGUGAGCUGGUGGCCUUCCCUCAGGACUACCAGAACCACCUACCACCCAGGGCCGGUGGCAGGGGGGAAAAGAGUUUAGCGAUAGUUCUCACCAUAAACGUGGAGUUCUUGUCUGUCAAGACUAUGGGGAUGACCAUGGAAAUAUCGCAUGAGUUCGGCUUAUCCUGGAUAGACAAUAGACUGCUCUACCAAAACCUGAAAGAGGAUAACACAAUGAACAGCCUGCCAGCCGCCACCAUGAUGAAGCUGUGGACGCCGCAGGUGAGCUUCGUCAACACCAAAAACAAUGAGCGCACCCUCAUAGACGCUGAGACUACCAUGGUAGUGCACCGCCGCGCUGAUGCUAUCGGCAGAGACAAAACCGCCCCUGCUGAGGGUAAGCCUUCACUCUUUACACAACAACAAAUGGACAUCUUCUCGGGGGACAAGAACGCUCUGAGCACGAGGAGGAAGUACGGUACAGUGUUCAUGUGUGACCUUGACCUCGCCCUCUACCCCUUCGACGCCCAGGAGUGUUACAUGCGUCUCAGGAUCAGCUCGGCCUCCAAGUCCUUCCUCGAGUUUGACACUAUCGAGUCCUCCGUUAAUUCCACGGCCAACAAACUUCUCCUGGAGUAUGAGGUGGGCGAACUGUUCCUGCAGCACGGAGAGGCGGGGAUGUUCAGCGAGGUGAUGGUUCGGAUCCCACUGACGAGACGCUACGGAUACGCCAUCCUCAACAUCUACAUCCCCACGCUGGUGUUACUCGUCGUUAGCUACGUAACCCUCUUCUUCAGGCCGGCCAUCUUCGACACCAGGAUGAUGUCUGCCUUGACCGUACAGCUGGUGAUUGCUACCUUGUUCUCACAGGUCUCUGCCUCGCUGCCCAAGACGUCCUACUUCAAGAUGGUGGACGUGUGGCUUAUCUUCUGCAUCGGCCUCACCUUCCUCACCAUCAUCUUCCAUGUUCUGGUGGACUACAUGGUGAAUCAGACGAAGGUAGCGGACAAGGAACAACCCGGGAAGGCGUUCGUCAACACCAUCACAGUGUCUCCAGUCGGAAGUGGAGGUGGCUUCGUUAGCUCAAACAGAAAUGGCCAACGGAUGUUGAGGGUGAACACUUUUGAGGGCUUCUUCACAAAUUCUAGAAAUGAAGUGCUGAGUUGUGAUGAUAAUCCGAGACAGUUGUGA